AUGGCAAGUACAGUCCCUUCCCUCAUGUCAGCAGUAGGGUGUGAAACCAAUCUGCUAGAAAUUUAGAAAUUAAUCUCCUCUAUAAAUAUUCAUUUGAAAAAUUCUCUUUUUGAAGGGCAAUUGCCAGCACGGGAAAAUGUCUCUCAGCAAACACUGAUUGCAACAUUAAAGGCAAAUAUUAGGAUGAGUGAACAAGGAUUUGGUCUCAUAAUCAUACAGAAUGGGCCAUAUCUCCAGAUAACAAGCCUUGUUGAGAAAAGCUCUGCAGCUAACGAUAGAAAGCUAAAACCAGGUGAUGUUCUAAUAAAAAUUGGAUAUGCUGACGUUUUAGGAUGGACUCUGAGAGAGCUUAGGCAACUCCUGCACAAUAUUCCUGUAGGAACUACCCUACAAAUCAGAGUUUACAGAGAUUUUGUUGAAGUACCUCAACGCUGGCAAAAUGCGGUUGAAUUAAUUCCUGAAGCAAAGCUUCCUGUGAUGACAGCAGACACAAGCGAAGAUGCUGAGGAUGAAGACACCACCAGGUCGAGUAGUGAUGAGGAUGUAGACUUGGAAACUUUUCAGUAUAAAUCUUCCCAGUCAUACUGUUGUGAGUUCACUCAUAAGUUACCAUCAAUAUCCAAAAUUUGGCAGAUAUCCAAUACAGGCCAGACACUUAGAGUAGGCACAGACACUGGUUGUGAUGCUGUACUUCAUAAUGAUGUUGAUGCAUUGUGCAAUCCUAAGUUUGAUGCCAGUGAUGUUAGACCUCCCUCGUACUGGGCUAUGGAAAACAGUGAGACCAGUUCCUCUUCUUCCUGCCUUUCAUGUAUCAAAGACAUCCUAUCUGGAAGAAUUUGCCUUUGUUUCAGAAUAGCUCAAAACUUGACUUCUUCAAAACCUAGAUUUCUGAAGUUGUAUCUUACCUGUUUUAGUACAUGCCUAGACUUCCAAAAAACCUAAAUGUCCUAAGAUAUACGAAAUGAUAUAUGAGCUAUAUAAAGCUGUUUUAGCAAUGCCUUCCCUACCAUCAAAGCUGCCUAUCAAUGCUACUUGUGGAGAAGACAUUCAGAAACACUACCUCUGCUAGUCCUAGACAAGUAGCAGUUACAAGCUCUAAGGUCCAAUAUAUUCAUCUUUGUUUGAAGGUAAUUUUCUUCAUUUACUUGAUGUAAGGAUGGUGCAGACAGUUAUCAAGAACUUCUCCUGAAUACACGGACAACUAGUGGCAAUUACAGUAUUUGUCUGCAUCACAAUGAUAAUUUCUGAUAUCUCUAUUUUUUACAUUGACUAAAAUUCACCUUAUUUUCUCACUGUAGUUUUACAUUCAGUGUACAGAGCCAGACUUAUCAGCAGUUUAGAUACCAUUUUCAGUGGAAAAAACCUUAGCACAAAAUGUAGGAACUCAGCACUUUAUUUGAUGAGUGCAAGCCCACAAUUACUCCAGAUUAAUUUUCUGAAAGAACUGAAUUAAUAAAUAACAUGUUAGUAGUAAUUUAUUUAGAAUACAGGUGACUUAAAGCUCAGGUCCAUCUUGAAUCCACAUCCCAGUUUUGUUUUUACAGCUCAUCAAGAAAAGGAGUCUUUCC